UUUUUUGUGUUAUUAAUAUUUGCAUUCCGUGAAUAUUAAUAACUGAGUAGUUUUCCUUGUUUGUACCUCUUGGCUCUUAAACUCUGUAAGUGUGGUAUUUUUCCUGCUUGGUGGUGUCUUCUCAUGGGGUUCUAGAAAGCAAAUACUGCUCUUCUUUUUCAUGUUUUCUAUAGCUGAUUGAAGUGUUUUUACCAUGGUCGGUGCAUUUUUCCGCCUGCCUGUUUCAUGAUCACUAUUGAGGGAUUUGACUGAAUUUGGUUAAAUCUUACAUAUAGCUAACAGCUUUCAAGACAUAUAAAAAAUUUGCUGACUUCUGAAACAAAAUGUCAGCCAAGCAUUGUUCAAAUGAGUACACUGUCAGUGGGGUUUAAGAUCAUUUGGUGUGUUGGUAGAGUUAUGUGGCUGCAAUUAGUUGUAAGUGAUUUGCAUGCAGUAUCAAAAGUACCUUUCAUGUGUGGUGGUAUAAGGACUGGCAAACAGCAAGUUCCAGAUAGCAGAUCUCUCCACCGCCCCCCACCCCCACCCAGCUUUCCAGUCUCAGAUGGACGACAUUGACACCACAGCUCUUCCAGGCACACGCCCUGUGGGCUAGAGGUUUAUGAACGUUGAUUUGGAGACCAACAGACCUGAGUUCCACUUCCCACUCACCCACUUAGUGGCUGUAAUACCUGGAGCAAGGUCCUUAACCUCUCUGGGUUUCUUAUUCCUCAUCUUUUAAACGGCAGUCACACCACACACUUCACACACUCACAUGAGCCCUGAGGAUGAUGACAGGAAGGUCCGAAGGAGAGAAAAAAACCGAGUUGCUGCUCAGAGAAGUCGGAAGAAGCAGACCCAGAAGGCUGACAAGCUCCAUGAGUUAAUGGAGCGAACCAUCCUUCUCAUCACUCAAAUCAGAAGCCUAGGAUUUAUCCUAAGCCAUUCCUUUUCCCUCCGCCCGCAUGUAUACACCUGCAUAAUCCUGCAGUUGGGACGUGGAGCUGCUCCAUACCAGGAACUGGCCUUGAAAGCAUCCAAGGAUCUAUCUGAGGAAUGGGCCACCAUUCCAUGUUCUUGUCUUUGUCGGGGUUGGUGUGCGUAAUUAAAGAUUUUAGUUUAGCUCUCUCCUGCCAUACUUUCUUGUCUUUUUGAGACGGGAUCUUGCUCUGUUGCCCAGGCUGGAGUGUGAUGGCAUGAUCAUGGCUCACUGCAGCCUCCACCUCCCAGGCUGAAGCAAUCUUCCCACCUCAGCCCC